UGUUCAAUAUACUCUCAUACAGUAGAUGGUAAAAGUCAUCUUGAAAAUGCGUUUCGGACACAUUCAGACCAGAAUACAGUUAUAGUGCUAAUUGAUUGCGGCGGUAACAUAAAUGUGUCCGAAGAAUUGGUACCUUUGCCAGACUCUCAAGUGUUUGUCAUAGACAGUCACGCACCAUAUGACCUCGAUAAUAUCUAUGAUGGAGAUGUUGUCAAAGUGGUGAUACCUGAAAAUUUCGAUCUUGAGGUUCCAAGGUAUGAAGAUAUAUAUGAAGAAGACAGUGAUGAUGAAGAUGGACCAAACAGGAAGAGACGAAGAGACGAAGAAGAUGAGGAAGAAAACUCGCUUCUUCCUAAAAAGGAGAGGUGGAAGAGAAAGAGGGAAGAGCUGCUAUUCACAUACUAUGAGUUAUCAGGCUACAACCUCUCAGUAUCUCUCAUGAUAUUCGAGCUAGCGUGGAAGAUGUCUAAAGAUAACAGCCAGCUACCUGUUUUCUGA